AUGCAGCAUCGGUCGGUCGCCUAUGUGGCCGUGGGCCUCGUGCUAAUGAUGGCGGCUCUGGUGGCGACGGCAGAGGCGGGGUGUGCCAACAUUCCGAGGUCGGGAUGGCACAAACAGUACAGCCUCAACUUCACCAACAACGACUACCAGCACUACUUCCGCCUCCAAUACUCGUGGAACGACCACAACCCCGCCGGCCAACAACGCCACUUCGCCCUCGGCCGCGUUGGUGGAAGGCCAGGGCUGCAUGUCACGGUGCUGCCCAACGACCUGCCCCACGAGAAGGACAGCGCCACGGACCCCAGGUCGGAACUGCGCGAUCAGGUGACCCCGCUGACGCUGGAGCACGAGUUCAUGUUCGAGUGGUCCUACUACCUCGACCCGGACACCGACUGGGCCAACAUGAAGGCCUUCAUCCAGCAGAACUUUGGCAAGGGCGCCGCCACCAAUCUCGACGUUCGCAGCGGCCAGUACGAGUACUCGUCGCUGAUCAGCGGGAGCGCGGGCGCCAAGCGCCACUGGAACCUGGCCACGUGGAUCGCUUCGCCCACCAAGGAUGUGGGCCGCUGGGUCGACUGGCUCAUCCAGUACAAGCCCUCCGCCACCGACGGCUACGUCAAGGUGUACCGCGGCGACGCGGGCCAGAGCUGCAAGCUGGUGUUCAGCGUGACGGGCGCCACCAUGUGGGACAACUUCAACGACGGCUACUUCAAGCUGGGCGUCUACCGCCACAUCGACAACGUGCUCGCCUCCCUGUGGCUCACCGACUUCACCCUCUCCAAGCGCCAGUGA